GCAACCAAAUAUUGGCUUUCAAUGCUUUCCACUCGGUGGAUUUUGCACGCAAUCAUAUAUUCGCUUCUGUUUACAAGUGGAAAAACACGAUUGUGUACUUAUUUUGGAGAUGACCGUUUGCCAGAAGAGGAGUACAGUCUUUCAAAUUGCACGUGGUAUCGUGAGAGUGCUUGCUGCAAAAGAACAGAAGUUGCAUCAGUUUUCAGAGAGAUGCCAGCACUCUUGACCAAGAACAAAGGAUGUUAUAACAGGAUGAACUAUCUUAUGUGUUAUUUCUGUAGCCCACAACAAAAUCUUUGGUACAACCAGACAUUAUCCAUUUGCCAUUCCUAUUGCGAAGACCUUUACAAUCAUUGCAGUUCAGCCGAGUACAACGGUCAAUCUAUUUUAAGCCAUUACGAAAGCGGCAUAGCGUUUUGCAAAGCUCUUGCAUUUAAUGUCGUUGGACUUGAACGUGAAAACCAUGAACACUGUUAUGCGUUUGAUGAAAAAUUGUUUCAAAGUAAUGGAAGUAACCAUGUAUUUUGUAUGUCAAAUUUUGUGAAAGGUUUGCUGAUGCUUUUAAUGUUUUUUGUACAAAAACAUAUUUAACCAUGUUUGUGUAAAGCACGAGACCGGGCGUCGGGCGAACGGUGUGCCAAAAGCUGUUGCAGGGCACGUUUUUGGAACAUAUGAAUAUAUUGUUGGCAAAUAAUGUAAAUAAGUAUGGAAUUUAAUUGACAUAUAAUAUAAAAGAAAAAGGAAA